GUCGCGGCUUCCGACGUUCGUUACGCUGCUUUUCCGUAAUUCAAGUCGAAUGUUUACAUUGGCAGUGGCGUGAGACUUGGAUCGGGUUUUUGCAAAUGCGCUGCUUUGUAGAAAAAAAUUUCAAGGAGUCGCGUCGCAUGAGGUGACGCUCGAAUCAUGUCCAUCAAUGUCACGGUCAGCGGGAAUCCGAUCAGUAUUCGCCGUGGCAAGAUGGUCCUCUCCGAUCUCGAGGACAUCAAGCGCACCGACCGGGAGCGCAGGAGGAGGUUACGAAUGGAGCAGGUCAAAGAACAAUCCAAGGCAAUAGCUAAGAGUAUAUUGAACAAAGCCAGGGGCAUUACUAAAGAGGAGCUCGAACGUUUGGAAAAAGAUGGCAACACAGAGAUGCACAGGGCUCGCGACGAGAAGCUCAGAGAAAUCAUUCGUAGGUACCAGGAUAUUGAAAACAUCGGUUAUGCUCACGAAAAUGCAGCUCGUCAGCCGGACGUUGAUAGUAUAAAGCAAGCAGAAGAGGAGAGAAACAAAGCCAUGGCUAAAGCCAGGGGGGAAGAAGCUGCUCGAAAGUUGCAAGAGUUGAACAAAGUCGUUAGUACGAGUACAAAGCGCAUCGAUCGGCUAAGCAAAGUUAGAGAGUUAGAGGAUCAGCGCGCUCACAUGAUAGCACAAUUACCAAAAAAGUCUGGCACCGACAAUUUAUAUUCCACUGAUAAUGAGAAUUUUGAAAGCCCGACACAUACUUCGUCAAGGAAAAAAUUUAAAGGUGUUGUUUCUAAAAAAACACCAAUAAAAAGCGUUCCAAAAACAAAUUCGAAAUCUAAGAUGCAUCAUGUAAAAACACCUUCACGCAUAUCAGUAACAAUAAAUGGUGAAGACAUGGGCAGUUCCAGUAGGAAAACCACUUCUGCGAAUAAAAGUAAAAAAAAGAGUAGCCCAAGCCAAUCAUCUAAUGUUCCUAAAAAAGUUUCAGAUGUUACUGAAGAAGGUAAUGUACCUGAGUCUGAUGAUAAUGAGCCCAGAAAGACCAUACCAAUAACAAGAAAACUAAAAAAUUUCAGUACCCUCAGUUCCUCUGAUUUGAGUAGCAUUUCGUCCAUGUCAUCACACUCGAGCAACGAUUCUUCAUACUAUUCUGAUAAUGCUUCUAAAAACACAGCCAUCAGAGUAACACCAAAACAUCACCCAUCACCUGUUACCAGUAAAGUUAGUUUAUACGAUUACAACACUCGACAACAAAAUUCUUACGAUAUGCCACCUGGUUUAGUGGAAAGAGUUAAUCCACAGAAUGAGCAAAGCGCCGAAGAUGCUGCACGAGAAAUGAGAGAAUCGAAAAAACAAGAAUCAGCGAUUCUUGCGGCUCAAAAGAGACGCGAGAAACAGCGACGUCAGGAUGCAUUGCGUCGAGAAAAAGUCCGGAAAGACUAUCAGGAGCUUUUAAAAAAACUAGAAGAACUUUACAAUGAAGAUUUGAAAUUGCGUGCCAAGAAAAUUUCGUGUGACAUGGACCGGCAAGUAUUGGCACCCUCUAAAACAUGUCAAGAUAAAGUAAAGCGUCAAAAGAAAAUGGAUCGAGUUUUUGAAUCCAUCCUUCGCAACUCCCACAAAUCAGGUUACUGUGAUAGACCAAUUGAAAGGCCGAUUACUAUCACCCCUCGGGAUCAGCACUUACAAGACAGCUCUACUCCUAUCACUGGUUGGAAGGAUCCACCCUAUUUGGACCUCCGAGAAAGUAGCAACAGUUCUGAAGAUGGCGACGAAUAUGAAGUCAAAGCAAAAAUCAUUGACUUACUCAUGAAAGUUGAAAAGUCAAGGCGGAGACUUUUGCAAGAGUAUGGUGACAAUUUACCAGAUGAUAUUUUCAAUAUUAUUAUGAAAAAUUACGUUGAUCGGCCGAGCACUUCAAUGCAUCAACAAGAAAGUACUCCAGCGCAUCAUGAACUACAUGAAAGACUCGAGUGCCAUGGUCACUCAAAACCUAAAACGUCCGAAAUUCAAGUUACUGGCACGUCUGAUUGCAAGGGUGAUAAAUCUUCUCAAAAAUUCACCAGCAAGCCUCUUAAAAAACCUUGCAAUAAGACACCCGCGCGUAAUUUUAUUAGACCGUGUUCCAAAAAUACCGUGAGCACUUGUGAUCAACAAGUGCAGGUUGAAUUACAGGAUAUUACAUCCAAGGAUAAAGAAGAACAAACGAAAAAGCAUCCCAUCGAACCGAUCAUUAAAAUUAUAACUCCCGAAAAUGUAAAUAGCAGUAGCACUCUUUCCAGUAGCACAUCGACGGCCACGGAUGUAGUAAUAGACGUGAAUAAUCAAGGAGUCACAGUGGAUCAUAAAUCAAGACAAAACAGCGUGAGGAUAGGAAAGGAACCGUCGGUUACAUCUGUUAGUACCGGCAACUGUAAGACACCUGUCAAACUUUCUUUUGAAAAUAAAAGCGGCUUCACUGUGACGGGUUUACUCAUCGACGACAGAGAAAUCCGGCUGCUAACGGAACCUGCGCAUCAGGUUCCAGAUGACAAAUCUGAGGAUCAAUCAACUAUCGUAUCAAGUGGCCAUCAGUCGUUACCCGGAAGUCGCAAAAAUUCUCCAAAAAAGUUAUCGAAAUCGGCUCAGCCUACAGGGCAUUCGAGUCCAAAAAAGUCACCCUCGCGAACUAGAGUCCUAGGCAGGCGUGUCCCAAGCAGUUAUUUGCAGCAACACUACAAAACUCAGUACACCCAAGUGUCGAUAGAUUCAAGCACCGAAAGCUCGCAGUUCAACUUAACGCCGGAUACGGCAAACGGCAAAAAGCUGUACACGCAGUUUCAAACUUUGGCAGCCAGACGCGUCGUUACAACCACAACUUCUAACGGGAGGAACGGUCGCAAUCGUCAACACCAAGAAACCUCGGAUGCCUCAACGACGUAUGCGAGUCCGCCCGCGCCUGCAGCCUGUGCGAUGCUCAAUGCCAUGAAUAGCAGUACGCCGAUCCUCGAAUUGCUCGAGUCGUCGUCUGCCAACGAAGUCAUCAGGCGAAAGGCGCGACAAGUUAGUCCGGUUUCUUCCCCUGAAACACCCUCACCCCGCACCAUGAAGCUUCCCUCGAACAUUCCACGUCCCAGUAGCCGAGCCAGUCGGAAUCUCAAGUUACUGCUAGAUGCACGAUCGAGAUUGGCUUCAUCCACCACCGAGUACAAGAGCACGCGAACGAACUCUGGGACGAAUAAUAAUAGCUCUGGUGUAAAGAUCCAGACGACCUCUCCGAGAGUGAGACAACCUUGCACUUGCAAGAAUCCAAUGUGCAAGCUGUUUCACGAGAAAGUGGAAGACCAGCCGACUUACAAUUUAACCCAUUGUCCAGAGACGCUCCAGACGUUCGAAGAUUUGCAAAACGUUUAUACCGAGCGAAUACACACGCUUUCGGACUUGAUUGAGUUGGUGCGCAACGAACAGAAGGGGCUUGAAUUAUCUGUCAUGACGACCAGUGAAAACUCAAAAUUAACGAGUAGAUCCGAUAGUACCUCCCAGCCUCCAGGUAGCGGUAGUUUAAUAAAAAAUAUCGAAGCCAUUCAUGCUCAAUUAAAGAAGGCGUUAGAAGAAUCUCGAAAAAUUAUCUCGAGCGAUGAUAUUGAGCUCCCCAAGUCAACAAAGCACGUCAAAAUCAACGAAAAGUCACCGAGCACAACCAUAGACUUGUCGAAAGAGACGAUAAACAGCGAGAGCUUGGAAGACGAGGCAAAGGAGGAGCCACCUCAGCACUCGACACCCACAGGUCCUCCAAAGCCUAGAAUAGUGAGCGAGCAGCGCGUCAAUAUUCCACUUGGUCGUUUUCAGUAUCUGCAGAAGCCCAGGUUUUCGACAAAUAAUGAUAAAAAUAAAUCAACGGCGACGUCGAUCACUGCUGAGGUUGCCGAUGCUGAUGUCGACCAAAGCGAACAAAUGGUCCAGAUGUUGUCCAAGGAGCUUCUCGAGCAAAGUAAAAGUGUUAAUAAGUCAACCCCUGUCGAUAAUUUGAAAGAUUCUGAUGAUUCUAUUUUAAAAAAAAGUGAAGCGACGGCUGUGAAGGAUUCCGGGGAUUCUAACGAAAACGGCGUUUCCACCGAUGAGCAGAAUCAAUCGGAAAAUUUUGAUACGAGCAAUUCAGAUUAUGUGCCUUUUUUGGCUGGGAUACCAAAAGUAACGCGGACGAAAAAUUCUACAAGUGGUCGGGGACGACCACCCGUUACGUUAAUAAGUGGUCCAUACAGACCAGAAAUCGUCACUGUCUCUCCGGCUCAUGAACUGUCUACGAUAGUCGAGUUUGAUACUCCGGAUACUGUUAGUAAAAGUCAAGUUAGCAUGAGAAGCCCCUCGAAUAAGGCGCGUAGAAAAUUGGUGCCACAUGGUGAAGCAACAGUUUCAUCAACUCCGUCGAAAAAUGUGGACACAAACACCUCCAAGAACAAACCGUCGUUACAAGUGGCACCUUUCCCCAUGCGUCAACCAUCAAAGUUUCCUCUUAAUGCGUCAAACAAAUCAAUGACCAAAAGUAAUAAUAAAUCGCCAAAAAAAUCUCUAGAAAAAUCCCCUUCCAGAUCCAUCGAAAAGUCGCCUAAAAAAUCUAUUGAUAAAUCGUCACAAAAAUGCACAGACAACACAUUAGCAUCUUUGGAAAAUGCCAGAGCAGCUAAAGACGAAGUAGAAAAGCAUAUUUCCUCAGAGUCAAUGCACAGUUUACCAGAAGAAAGCAAUUACGAGUUUCGAGUAAGCCAAAUUUCUGAGCUCCAUUCCUUGCCUGACGAAACGAUCGAUCGAAUGCUUAUUAGUGAAGUGUGCGACGAUAGCAAGUCCAAAUCUGUAACGCCAGAACAGAGGAAAAUUCAACAACAGCAUCGAGAACAGGUUCAAGAGCAGGAAAAUGCCCAGUUAACCUUGACGAGCACUGCAAGUUUGUCAGCAAUAUCUGGCGUAUCCGAAAUCAGUUCUACGCCCUCAUCUGAUGCGCAACGUUUCAAAUGUCCAUCUUCUUCCGACGAGAUGGAGCUGGCGCUCAAAAAAUGGGGCCUGGGCUCGUGGGUCCCGACGCUAAAAAAGAAUCGCGAGGCCAGUGCACUGGGCUCGUCGUCUAGCUCGGAUGUCACGCCAGUGAACAUCGGCUCGAGACUGAUCACGUCGGUUAGAAGGGAAAGCACACCUCGCGAGUUGCUUCUCGCCGAGAUAAGUGAUGUCUCCUCGAUAUCCAUAAAAAACGAGAACAAAAGCACGGAGCGGUCUGUUCUUGGCAAGGCUGGCAGAACGUCGACUCCCAAUCGGCAUUUGUUGAGAAAUAAUUCAAAUGAGGGUGUGCCUGAUCGAAACGUAGUAUCAAGUCAUUCGAAGCGCUUGAGCCAGUCGCAUCGCUCGGUCAAUAUCAACUGUUCAAACAGCUCCAACUCGAACGCAUCUGUAUCCUUAAGUAGUUUUUCGUCAGAUAUAAACAUUGUUGUUCAAAAUCAAAGUGCCGAAAGUAUCCCCCACAUUUCAUUUUCGAAUAACAAUCUUGGUUGAGAACAAAGUUUGUAAAAUAUUUUUAUGUUUAAGAAAUUUCAAUGGCACCAGUGAUUGUAACAUGUAAUUUUUUAUUAGCGUUUGAUGCAAGUGCUUCAUUCAUUGUUAAUGUGAAUUUCACUAAAACUUAAUCGUCACACGAAAACGGAACAUAUUUUGUGUAGGGAUUUAAAUCAUAGUAUAAGUUGAAUGAAUUGCGACAGCCAUUUUAACUUUUUUUUUUAUAUUUAAGUAUUGACUGAUAUUUUUCAUUGUUUUAUGAUAAUCGAUACAGUGUGGUUGGUAAAUGGAUGGACCGAAUUUAUUUUUAAGAGUAAAAAAUAAAAUAAAAGUAUUUGUUAUUUUUUUUACACAGAC